GUAAAUUUGGCAAACUUUUGUCUAUUCGUUAAUGCAAAGGAACUGUCCCGUGGGUUUAAGAUUAAAAUCAAAACUCUAACGCUACGGCUUCCGAUUCUGUUCAUGCAUGACACAGCCGCCGCCGCCGCUAUUCACCACCAAGAUCCACCGUUCACGGUGACCGGAGCUGGUUCAACGAAUCCACCAUUCCGGCCAAUACCAAUUCAUCAUCAUCAUAAACAUAGAUGAUGAAGUUCAAAUCAAACUUCUUUCUCUGCAAUGCCAAUCCCAUUCAAGCGCUUCAAACCCACCGAUCUAUGCAUCGUCAAACCCAUUCUCUCUUCCAAAACCCAUCUCUCCGACGCUGUUUCUUCUCUUGACGUUUUACAUCCCAGAGGCAUUCGUUUAUCUUCUCACAUUCUCGCUACUCUAUUGCGCCGUUGUUCUGAUACCAAGUCAUAUAAAGAGGGUAAGCUUGUUCAUCUUCAUCUGAAGCUUACCGGUUUUAAACGACCCACUACACUUAUUGCCAAUCAUUUGAUUCAUAUGUAUUUUUGUUGCGGUGAUUAUGUUCGUGCACGUAAGGUGUUUGAUAAAAUGGAUGUUAGAAAUUUGUAUUCUUGGAAUAAUAUGAUUUCUGGGUAUGUUAAAUUAGGGAUGAUGAAACAAGCUAGGGGUGUGUUUUAUAAAAUGCCGGAGAAGGAUUGUGUGUCGUGGAAUGCGAUGGUGGUUGGUUAUGCGCAUUGUGGGAGGUUUAGUGAGGCUUUGAGGUUUUAUGGAUGGAUGAGAAGGGUUUGUGUUGGAUAUAAUGAGUUUACGUUUGCUAGUGUUUUGAUUGUUUGUGUGAAGUUGAAAGAGUUUGAACUUUGUAGACAGAUUCAUGGGCAGGUUGUAGUUGUUGGGUUUUUGUCGAAUGUGGUUGUUUCUAGCUCAAUUGUAGAUGCUUAUGCAAAAUGUGGUAAAAUGGAAGAUGCUAUGAGAUUGUUUGAUGAUAUGACUGUGAGGGAUAUUCCUGCUUGGACGACGUUAGUUUCAGGAUAUGCUUUAUGUGGGGAUAUGGAUUCAGCUGCUGAAAUGUUUAGUCAGAUGCCUAAGAAAAAUACAUAUUCGUGGACGGCUUUGAUCGGUGGAUAUGCGAGAAAUGGUAUGGCUCAUAAAGCUCUUGGAGUGUUUAGAAAGAUGAUCAUGCAUCGAGUUAGGCCUGAUGAAUUUACAUUCAGUAGUUGCCUUUUUGCUUGUGCCACUAUUGCUUCACUGAAGCAUGGUAAACAAAUACAUGCAUUUUUGUUAAGGAACAACAUCAGACCUAAUCCUGUUGUUGUUAGUGCUGUUGUUGACAUGUAUGCAAAAUGUGGAAGCAUGGAGACUGCCAGGCGUAUCUUUAAUUUCACUGAACAUAUGCAAGAUGUAGUGUUAUGGAACACUAUGAUAUCAGCACUGGCUCACUAUGGCUAUGGUAAAGAAGCAGUUUUGAUGCUCAAUGAUAUGCUGAAAUCAGGAGUGAAGCCAAAUAGGAAUACUUUGGUUGCCAUUCUAAAUGCUUGUAGUCAUUCCGGCCUUGUUUGUGAUGGGCUUCAGUUUUUCAAGUCCAUGACUAAUGAUCAUGGUGUUAUCCCAGACCUAGAACACUACGCACACCUAAUUGAUCUUUUGGGUCGAGCUGGAUGUUUUGUUGAAUCGAUGAAGGAUCUAUUCAUGAUAGAUUGUAAACCAGGUGACCAUGUUUUGUAUUCUUUGCUGUGUGUAUGUAGACCGAAUGGUAGUAUAGGUGUCGGAAGAGAAGUAGCUGAAUUCCUUAUCAAAUGGCAGCCUCACUCUUCUGCUGCUUAUGGAUUACUUUCCAGUAUAUAUGCUGCACUUGUGACAUGGGGAUUGGUUGACGAAGCAAGACAUAUUAUGGAUGAGAGACGCCUUAGGCAAGAUCGGUCUACUAGUUGGAUCGAAAUUGAAAAUGAAGUCCAUGCUUUCACCGUAUCAGAUGGAUUGCACCCUUUGAAGGAAACAUUAUACUCAGCUUUGGGGCACUUAAAUAACCAGAUAGAGGACAAUGCCCCAUACCUAACUGAAACAUAGAAUUCUUUUUUCCAGUUAGUCAAUUUUUGUAGAGAGCAGGGAUAUAGUUUCCAUUUUAAUUAUUUUCUUCUUCUUCUUCUUCUCCCUCUUCCUCUUCUUCUAUUUUUACUUUCUUUAGUCAUUUCAGAUUCAAAGUUGAAUUUCCAUGAUGAUAUAUUUAUAAGAUGAUACCUCCAGUAAAAAACUGAGGAGGACAUUAUAAGAAAAUAAAAAUCGAGGAAUGAGAAGGGAGGUUCAAUGGAAGAAUGGAAUAAAAGAGAUGAUUUUGAUCUCGCUUCCUUUUUUUCUACCCAAAUUGGCCUGUUGUAAUUUUCGCCAACAGAAUCAAACAAGAAUUUUUUUUCCUGUGCCAACGAUCCCCCUUCAAUUUCUCUGGAUGCACAUCUCUUUCCUUAUUAUGACUUGAUAUGUCUUCCAAGGGGCUUGUUGGUGGAAAAUGGGAGUGCUAAUUGUGAAUUACAAAACAGAUUUCACGAUGGACACAAUUACUGACAGGUGGAUACUAUAGAAUGUUUGGUGCAGAUUACCACAUAUUUCCAUGUGGGCAUCAGGUGAAAGAAGAUUUCAAGUUCUAGUUCACACGGUAUAAUCCUCGUUUGGGGUCUCACUCUAAAGAGCUCGUGUUUGAUCAGGUAGGGGACAUUGAAUUGAAACGAUCUGAGCUAGUAUACCAUAGCAUUGUUUUGACAAUUUCAUAAUUUUGAUUUGAGGCUUAGGAAUUGAACUGGAUUAAUUGUAGGAUAAUUCUUUUCCUAGGAGUAGGAGCUUACAUAGCAUCAAAUCUCUGUCUCUGUAUUAUCUAAAGGAAAUAUUGGAUAA